CCAUCCUUUCUGUGCACCUUGCGGUAGGCAGGGAGCAGCAGCCGCGGCGGCAGUGAGGGGCUAGUGCACACCCAGCCAGAGAGACUUAGGGAACCACGGACGGACAGACUGACGGAGAGGACCUUCCCCAGCGCCCCCCGAGCCAUGGCCGAGAGAAAGCAAUCUGGGAAGGCGGCAGAGGACGAAGAGGUCCCUGCCUUUUUUAAAAACCUGGGCUCUGGCAGUCCCAAGCCCCGGCAGAAAUUCUGCGGUAUGUUCUGCCCGGUGGAAGGGUCCUCGGAGAACAAGACCAUCGAUUUCGACUCGCUUUCAGUGGGCCGAGGCUCGGGGCAGGUGGUGGCUCAGCAGCGGGAUGUCGCCCACUUGGGCCCCGACCCACACCGGCAGAGCCGGCGUGCCAGCGGGGAGACAUCUGUUGAAUCAGGCCGGAAGGUGGAGAUCCGGCGGGCCUCGGGCAAGGAAGCCCUGCAGAACAUCUAUGAUCAGAGUGAUCGGCUUCUGAUCAAAGGUGGCAAGAUUGUGAAUGAUGACCAGUCCUUCUAUGCAGACAUAUACAUGGAAGAUGGGUUGAUCAAGCAAAUAGGUGAAAACCUGAUUGUGCCAGGAGGGGUGAAGACCAUUGAAGCCCACUCCAGAAUGGUGAUCCCGGGAGGAAUCGACGUGCACACUCGGUUCCAGAUGCCUGACCAGGGAAUGACAUCAGCUGAUGACUUCUUCCAGGGAACCAAGGCAGCCCUGGCUGGGGGAACCACCAUGAUCAUUGACCAUGUUGUUCCUGAGCCCGGGACAAGCCUACUGGCUGCCUUUGAUCAGUGGAGGGAGUGGGCGGACAGCAAGUCCUGCUGCGACUAUUCACUGCACGUGGACAUAACUGAGUGGCACAAGGGCAUCCAGGAGGAGAUGGAAGCUCUGGUGAAGGACCACGGGGUAAACUCCUUCCUUGUGUACAUGGCUUUCAAAGAUCGAUUCCAGCUGACGGAUUCCCAGAUCUAUGAAGUGCUGAGCGUGAUCCGGGACAUCGGCGCCAUAGCUCAAGUCCAUGCAGAGAAUGGUGACAUCAUUGCAGAGGAACAGCAGAGGAUCCUGGAUCUGGGCAUCACCGGCCCAGAGGGACACGUGCUGAGCCGGCCAGAGGAGGUCGAGGCUGAAGCUGUGAACCGAUCCAUCACCAUAGCCAAUCAGACCAACUGCCCCCUGUAUGUCACCAAAGUGAUGAGCAAGAGCGCUGCUGAAGUCAUCGCCCAGGCACGGAAGAAGGGAACUGUGGUGUAUGGUGAGCCCAUCACUGCCAGCCUGGGGACUGAUGGCUCUCAUUACUGGAGCAAGAACUGGGCCAAGGCUGCCGCCUUCGUCACCUCCCCACCUUUGAGCCCCGACCCAACCACUCCAGACUUCCUCAACUCCUUGCUGUCCUGUGGAGACCUCCAGGUCACUGGCAGUGCCCACUGUACCUUCAACACUGCCCAGAAGGCUGUGGGGAAGGACAACUUUACCUUGAUUCCUGAGGGCACCAAUGGUACAGAGGAGCGGAUGUCCGUCAUUUGGGAUAAAGCUGUGGUCACUGGGAAGAUGGACGAGAACCAGUUUGUGGCUGUGACCAGCACCAACGCAGCCAAAGUUUUCAACCUUUACCCCCGGAAAGGUCGCAUUGCGGUGGGAUCUGACGCAGACUUGGUCAUCUGGGACCCUGACAGUGUGAAGACCAUCUCUGCCAAGACGCACAACAGUGCUCUGGAGUACAACAUCUUUGAAGGCAUGGAGUGUCGUGGCUCCCCGCUGGUAGUCAUCAGCCAGGGCAAGAUUGUCCUAGAGGAUGGCACGGUUCAUGUCACUGAAGGCUCAGGACGCUACAUCCCCCGGAAGCCUUUCCCUGACUUUGUGUACAAGCGCAUCAAGGCCAGGAGCAGGCUGGCUGAGCUGAGAGGGGUCCCUCGUGGCCUGUAUGAUGGGCCCGUUUGCGAGGUAUCCGUGACGCCCAAGACGGUCACUCCAGCCUCAUCAGCCAAGACGUCCCCUGCCAAGCAGCAGGCACCACCUGUUCGGAACCUGCAUCAGUCUGGAUUCAGCUUGUCUGGUGCUCAGAUUGAUGACAACAUACCCCGCCGCACCACCCAGCGCAUUGUGGCGCCCCCUGGUGGCCGUGCCAACAUCACCAGCCUGGGCUAAAGCCCUUAGGCCUGCAGGCCACGUGGGGAUGGGGGAUGGGACACCCGAGGACAUUCUGAGACUUCCUUUCUUCCAUUUUUUUUUUUU